AUGAAACAUAAUCGGGAAAAACUUGUUAUUCCAAGUAGAGGAGGCUCACGAUCGAUAGCAAAUCACAAAUUUGCCAUGGAAAAUAUUCUCCAACUCAAGGAGGAAGAAUGCGCCAAAUUCGUUUCGGCGGGAACAAGCAUAACUCAAGAAAUGGAAUACGACAUAGAGAAAAAAGUCAUUAAAACUAUUUGUGCCAAACAUAAAACAUUACUAUCUGGAUGGGAGGCUUCAAGUGGACCUGUUAUGAGGAAAAAAGAUAUACAUCUCUUAUCAACCGCAGAAACAUCUCAAUCAGCCUCAAAAGACGAAGAAGAUAUGAAAAGUAAGAUUUUUGCACUUGAGGAGGAGGUUCGAAUAAACGAACAAAAAGUCAAACAAAGUGAGGAAAAAUGUGAAAAAUGUUCCAGUUUAUUAUCUCGAAGUUCCCGGAUUCUCAAAACAUAUUAUGUCCACCCGAUGAAGAUGAAGCCCGUGUGUACGAUGACAUAA